GCAGGUGAGAGCAGUGUGAUCUGUGGGUAGGAGUAGGACAGUCAGUGUUGUUCUGGUCUGACGUGUCGUGGUGAGGGAGCGUACUGUGCUAUCAGCGGAGACCAGGCGCUCUCGCCGCAGAGGUCAGGCGCCGGACGCGUCGCGCCGCGCUUGCCAAGGCCGGCCGGACCCGGGCACCAGCGCGGCGCCAGUACGGCCGCACCGCACAGUACGGCGGCGACCGGCGGCGCCAACACAGCCGGCCGACAGCCGGCAAUGUGCGCAGUGUUGGCCGGGGCGGGGUGUGGCCCGAGUGAAUCUGUUUGCGUGCCAACGCCUACUGAGGAGCAUAACGUGGUUUCUAGGAACCUCCGACCACCCUAGAGGAUCGCCAAGAUCCAACAUGGCGCGCUACAUCUCAUCGCCGUCAGAGGAUGAGGAUGUCCUACAAUCCCUGCUGCCCGGCCAGCUGUCGAGCGAUUUCCUGACGCACCAGAUGAGCGCCAUAGUGCGCCGGACCAUCAGUCAGGAUGGGGCAGAAGCGGCGCACCCGGCCGCCGACCCGCCGCCGGCCGGCGUCAGUCAGGAGCGCCGCCUGCUCUCCGCCUGCCUCGCCGGCGAUACGCAGCAGGCCGCCAGCGCGCUCGACGCCGGCGCCGACCCCAACGCAAACAUGCGCCACGUCACAGCCGGCCAGCGAGUCCGCCUCGGCAGCGAGACCAACACUCGGCCGCGCUUACGUGUGCCUGUGCGUCAACAGACGUUACCCUCCAUGCUGCGACCUACUAUUUUGCUCCACUUGGUGGCCGCCCUGGGUGACACCGCUAUGAUGGAGCUGUUGUUACGCCGCGGAGCGCGGCCCGAAAUCAAGGACGCCGUUGAUACGACCGCAUUGCACGUGGUCGCAGCCGCACGGCAUCCGAUAGACGUCACUAUUGAGCUGGUGCGGCUGCUACACGACUGGGGAGCCCCGCUCGAGACAGCCAACGCCAGGGGACAGACGCCGGUGCUGCAGGCCGCGGAAGUCGGCAACACGGCCGCCCUGCUGGUGCUGGCAGAGCUGGGGGCCGUCUGCGACGCUGUCGACCAUCACGGCAACACUCUGCUUCAUCUGGCCGCAAGCUCUGGAAACCCGCAGACGGUCAGCGCAGCACUCGACCGCCUGCCAGCCGACGCCGUUGGACGACUCAACCAGAAAGGUCUGACGCCGCUGCAGGUGGCCAAGAACCGCGAGACGGUCCGGCCGCUAUUGGGUGCUGGCGCCCAGGCCGACGAGCCCACCGCUCUGAUGCUGCUGAAAAAUAUGCCGUCCGCCAUGCCCGACGUGCUUGACCGCUACAUGACCACCAACGGCCAGCCGCUUGACAGCUCACAAUUGGAGGUUUACCUCGACUACAUGCCCUUCUGGGACGUGGAAAGGAAGAAGCCGGCGCCGGAGACGGCUCUUCUGCGCGCCAUCGUGGAUGCCAACCAGAACGAACUGCUCAAGCAUCCGGUUGUGGAGACGUUCAUGCACGUCAAGUGGCUGCAAAUUCGGCGUUAUUUUUACUUCAACUUUGUGUUCUACGUGUGCUUCGCAUUGUUGGUGACUGCUUACGGGAUGUUGAGAGUUAUGGACCCAGAAAAGCCGACCACCACGGUGGUGGCUGGCUUCACAGCCCUCUUCACCUUCCUUUGCUUGCUGCGGGAAACUUUCCAGAUGGCGUACAGCUGGCGACUCUACGUAAGCAGCAUAGAAAACUGGCUGGAGUUGUUGGCCAUAGGACUUACCACAGCACUGCUAGUCAGCCAUAACUCGUACCGUCCUUGGGUAAACCACGUAGUUGCAUGGCUCAUGCUGGCCACAUGGCUGGAAAUGACCCUCAUGGUGGGUCGGUUUCCCAGUGUCGGAAUCUACAUCUACAUGUUCGUUCGUGUUGCACGCAAGCUCAUUGGUUUCUUGAUGGUGUACUCGCCGCUGCUGGUCGCCUUCGCUCUCAGCUUCCAUGUGCUGUUUGGGCUGACGCCGGCGUUCAAGACUAUCCCCCUGUCUCUUAUCAAGACCUUUGUCAUGAUGAUGGGCGAGUAUGACUACGAUGGGAUGUUUUCCGGGAAUGAAGGCCCAUCGUACCCGGGUACUGCGCACCUCCUACUCAUCCUGUUCGUGGUCAGCAUGUCCAUCAUCACCGUCAAUCUGCUGAUCGGCCUGACCGUCAACGAUAUCCAGGGCCUCUUCAAGACGGCUGGCGUGGAACGACUUCGGAUGACCGUGAUCCAAAUCCUGUACAUCGAGUCGGUCAUCUAUUCCAACAUCACACAUGUGCUUUUCCGCACUCGUGUGUGUCGGCGAAUGCAGGAGAAGCUGGCCCUUCUUCCGAAGCUGCUCCUACAGAAUGUGGAUCACCACUUGUCUGGCGAACCCGGCUCGCCCAAGGCAACCAAGCUUCCCGAGAGAGCCGACUCCACAGACACUGAGAAAGCGUGCUCUAGCCUCUCGGGCGAAUGUCCCCUCGUUCGCGCCGCCUUUCGACCAAACGAGAAGGGUCGCUCGAGAUUGUAUCGCUUCACGACGUCGGACGAGCUGCGACCCACGGCGUUCACCGUGCACAGCUGGAUGCCGCGCAACAUGCUGCUGCUGCUGCGCGAGCGUGCCGCCGCCGCGGAUCGCGAGACGCGCGAGCAGGUGUUGCAGGCCGAGAUUUUGGCCGCCGUUCGCGCCAAGACGGAGAAUCCGUUCGAAGAUGCGCCCGAAGCAAGUCGCAGUGCACCGAGCGACCCGAGUCCCGAUGGCGAUGGCGCUCGCGGUGCUGGCGACGGUGACGCGGACUCGGAGGAUGCAGGGGCGGACGGGCGCAGUCGCCGCGGACGACGCCGACGGCGCAAGAAGGCCGUCACAAGCCGCGAGGCAAUCGACGAGCUGGGUCAAAAGCUGAACACUGUGCUAGCGGCCAUAUCUGAAGUGUCGCUCAAGGUGGGACUUUUGGAGCGACGCGUUAACAUGCAAGAUCAGGCUAGGCUCGAUACUUUCUAUUCUGCUUGAGUCGUGUCACGACGCGAGUACAUAUUUCGCUCCUAGCUGAUCGUUUUGUCACUGUGGCUGAACCACGGUCAAGUUGUUAACUGUUGGGUACUAAUUAAUUUGUUGGUAGGGUGCGCUUUUCGUGCAUGUGCAAUGUGCGUUAUAUAGUAGGCAAUAAUCGGCCAGUGUUGUUUGCUCACAGUUGCUGUCACAAUUAGCCACACAAACUGCAGAGGUCGCUCAAACAGUUCUUACUUAGCAUAUUUCUGUGCUAGCCACCGGUGGACGUAUAGGCAACUGUGUACUCCUAUUCAUCUCAUGCAGCAGCAAUAAUGGGUUGAAUUUAAAAAUGUGUAAAUGGCGUGAACCAGAUCACAUAUAUGCACAAUGGUUAGGUUAGUUUCGUCGUAUCAUAGAAGUAGGUAACCGAAGGCUUGUUGUCAAUAGUUAAAACACUAUUCUUUAGAAUUGUGUUUUUCUAUUGAAAAACAAAUCUGAGUUCCCUGACAAUUUGGCAAAAGCUUAUAUAGGUACGUACCUAUGGAACCUUGUCUUAGAGCGUUUUGAACAGGCUGAAAUAGGUUCUGAGUGGGAUGGGCAUGGUGCAUGGGGCUGUGAACUCGAAACCGAAAAAAAAUCCAGCAGUGUUAAAAUUUGGCAUUGACAGGGUGUCGAGUGACGACUGUCAGUGCAGAAAAUUAAUCCCUGAUAAUAAACAUACAGCGAAAGCAUCUAAAAAUUCGCUUCACACAAAUGACAUAACCAAUCCAUCCUUGACCUCAACCAUGCUUUUCAGCUUGGUUCGUAGGGAAAUGAAGUGUUGCAGCUUUACCAUUGCGCUGUAAAACGGAAAACAAACGAGCAUUUUACACUCGUGUACUGGAUGAAUUCACUCUUAUCCUGAUUUUGUAUGAUAAGUAAUAACCGCACCACAUUUCUAUUUUCUUCUCACAUUGGAAUGCUAUUUAUUUGUAUUAAAGGUGAUGCUCAUGCCUGCGAUUGAUAAUAAAAACAGGUGAAAAUGUCUUGUGUAA